UAGAUAUUACUUCCAUAGCCAAGAACCAUUUCCCAGUUGAGCCUCAGAGCGGAAAUUGCAGUGUCGUUGAAAUCGGUGCUACGGUACUACGGUCCAAUGGAUACUAGCAGCCCAGAUGAGAUUGAAGACUGUAGUACAAAGCUCACCGUGGACGUGUGGUUAAAGCGCGUUGAACGUCGUAGACAGCUCGCGUACGCAUCCGAAUACGAUUUCUGCAACGAUCAACCGAUGAAUGAUGAGGCGCUCGCAAAACGUGGCUCCUGGACAGGGCGGUACGAUUUCCUCCUGUCCCUACUGGGCUACUCAGUCGGUUUGGGAAAUGUAUGGCGAUUUCCAUACCUUUGCUACAGCAAUGGAGGAGGGGCCUUUCUGAUACCGUUCACCGUGAUGCUAGUGAUUGCUGGGCUGCCGCUUAUGUUCAUGGAGUUAUCGCUAGCACAGUACGUGGGUUUGGGUCCGGCCAUACUUUUCAAGCGACUCGCCCCUAUUUCGGAAGGCAUUGGGUAUGGCAUGAUACUGGUAUCGGGAAUGGUGAUGCUGUACUACAAUGUAAUUAUCGCCUGGACCGUUUUCUACAUGGUGGUGUCGUUCGAAGAUCCACUACCGUGGCGAGGAUGCCAGCACGAGUGGGCCACGGUGAAUUGCUUCUCGUACGAGGAGGAGGACAACUGCUUAGCUACGAAUCGAUCGUACUAUAUGGCCAACUGUAUGUCGAGAGAACAGUAUCGGUUGCUUAAUGUAACGCUUCGGACGCCACGCAAACCUCCGGCGGAAGAAUUUUUCAAGAAUUACUUUCUUCAAAUAUCUGCCGGCAUCGAGGAGACUGGGAUGAUCAAUCAACGGUUAGCCAUCUGCCUGCUAGUAGCCUGGGCCAUAGUGUUCCUUUGCUUAUCGCGAGGUGUCAAAAGUUCCGGAAAGGUAGUAUAUUUCACGGCCCUCUUCCCGUACGUCGUGCUGGCGGCACUUUUCAUUCGCGGCCUUACCCUGCCCGGUGCGUACGAUGGCAUCCUGUAUUACGUUCGUCCGGACUGGGACAAGCUACGCACCGCCCAGAUCUGGGGAGACGCAGCGGUGCAGAUUUUCUUCGCCCUCAGCCCAGCCUGGGGCGGACUGCUGACGUUGGCGUCGUACAACCGCUUCGACAACAAUUGCUAUCGGGACGCGAUCGUAGUAGCCAUUUCCAACAUACUCACCUCAUUCUUUGCCGGCUUUGUCAUAUUCGCCAUAAUAGGCUUCCUGGCGCACGAGCUGGACACUAGCGUGGACAGUGUCAUCGAUCAGGGUGCCGGUUUGGCGUUUGUUGUGUUUCCGGAGCUCGUCGGAAAGCUGCAGAUGCCUAGACUGUGGUCCGUGUUAUUCUUUUUCAUGCUGCUAACGCUAGGACUUGACUCACAGUUCACGCUGAUGGAAACGGUGGUGACGGCCGUGUUGGACACCUUUCCUGUCCUGCGCCGAAGAAAAAUAGCCGUAGUGGCCGGAGUCAGCAUCGUUGGGUAUCUUGGAGGAUUAAUAUUUGUGACAAAUAGUGGAAUGUACUGGUUCCAGCUGUUCGACAAGUACGCGGCAAACUGGUCCGUGUUGCUAAUAGCCAUCGCUGAAUGCAUUUUGGUCGGAUGGGUUUACGGCUGUGAACGAUUCAUCUCCAACAUCGAAGAAAUGCUGGGGAAACGAUCAAAAUGGUUCCACCGGUUUUGGGUGACGGUUUGGAAGUACAUAACACCAGCAAUGUUGCUGUUUAUUCUUUGCUUUAACUGGCUACAAUACAAACCCGUAGCGUACGGCCGGUACAUCUACCCGAACUGGGCUGACGUGUUUGGUUGGAUCAUUGCACUGGCUCCUUUUGGAAUUGCAGUUAUUGUAGCUGUUAAAAAUAUGUCCACCAGUUCGUCACCGUUUGCAUGGCAGACUAUUCGAAAGCUGCUACAACCCUCUCCCGAAUGGAAACCUUCACAGCCCCGGUUAGCCUCGGAAAUGGCGUAUGAAAAUAGUAAUGGAAUAGAGUUGUAAAAACGUAACUGUUUCAAACAACACAUUGAAGUUGAUUUUUUAUAGUGUUUGUGGUCACAUCAUCAUGUUCGUAGAUGUACACGACAGAAGAAUUUCAAAAAUUUAAAUCUUUAUUCAGGUCUUUUAAAUUAAUAUAUGGUACACGCUACAUA